CUAUUAGCUUCGAGAUAAACAGAAUACUAUGUCAAAUAAGAAGAUGAAAUCGCUGAUUCACAACUGACUCUGAGUAAUUCCAUAUCUAAGGUAUACAAUUCGAAAAUUACUAGCAUUAGAUGAUAAGGCAACUCUUCAUAAUGUUGAAGUUCUUCGCAUUCAAUGAAUAAGAUGCACUCUGCAUUCAGUAGACUGAUGUGUUAAAGGUUCAUAAUGGUUUUCAACAUGAAAUUAGUUUUGACGAUCUUAUUUUUUUUCACGAUCAACUCAGUGUGCUUCUGUGAUGAUAUUCAAGGUGAAGCAAAUAUCAGUCAAAAUCCAGCACAUGAAGAUACCUUCAGGAAGAAGAACAUCUCAGAUGAAAUUUUAUUAAUACUCGAUCAUUACAAGCAGAAUGAUCCUGUUGGAUUGCCAGGAGCUCCUAUUCCAGAUCCUUUCUCUGUACCCCCAUUCUCACAUCGUUUUCAAAUAGGAAGGAUGCAUUUCGAAAAUGUGAAAAUUUACGGUUUGAAGAAGUUCAGGAUUAAAUUCAUGAAAGCUAAUAUGGCGAAAAUGACAGUAGAUGUGUCACUGGAUAUCGGGGCUCUGGAAAUACAUGGCAAUUAUACUUUAUCAUCCUUCUUUACAUCCGCUGAAGGACCUUUCACAGUGAAUGCAAAAAAUGUGACAGUUGACGCAGUGGCCAGUAUGAAAGUCGAGCGAGAUGGUAAACUUGAAGCGCAAGAAAUAAACAUGGACGUCAGUUUCGAGGAUGUCUCAGUGAAUUUCGAGAAUUUGGGAUUUUUUGCGUCCAUGUUCCAAGGAAUCAUCAAUACUGUGGGCGAUUCCCUAUUCAAAUCCAUCAAACCGUUCAUCCUAUCUGAAGUGAACGAUAACAUAAGGGCGGAUGUCAAUCAGGAGAUAAGAAAACUGCCGGUUACCUUUCCAAAUUCAAUAUCGCCUUUCGACCAAGUCUUCGUCAUGUUUAGACAAGAAGUCAGAAGGAAAAAUUACGAUCCUUUGAGCGUUCCGAAUCUCAUCAACGUUCUUGGAAUUUUCGACCUUUACAUGAGGAAUAUCAAGAUUUUCGGAUUGUCAACUGUUCAUAGGAGCGGCGAGGCUGUUGUUGAGUUCAAAAAUGGUUCGAUUUAUGGUUUUUUCGAGGGUGGCACGCAGAAAUUGAGAGGGGUGUGCAAUUGGGAGUUAUCUCUCAUUGCAGGAAUCAUUGGGAAGACUGGGAAGAUCGAUUUCACAAUUGACUAUUUCAUGGUCAAAGUGAAUGCAAGUCAAUCACUGAAUACAGAUUUUCCUCCAACAUUGGAAGAUAUUCAACUGGAGUUGGGUAACAUACAAUUACGUUUCGAUGGAACAGGGUCUCUGGAUUACUUAUUGGAGCUAGGGAUAAAUGUGAUGCCCAACAUAAUUCGUUACCAAGUUAUGAACGCAUUAGAAGGACCAGUGAAGAACAGGAUACAGGAAGCUCUGGACCAAGUGAAUAUUAAGUAUUUGAUUGUAGAGAAUGCGGAUAAAAUAAAUAAUCCAGAUUCUCGAAAUUUCUUGUAGAUGUAUUCUAUGAAUAAUAGAUAUAUUAAUAUAUGUUUGUAACCGAUUGAAGGAGACUUAACACCGUGUCAAGUUAUGGAACUACAUGAUACAAAGAGAAGAAUGAAUCACAAAAAGAAGUAAAAAAACCUAUUUUCAAUUUGCUUUGCCUUGUAACAAGGAACAAGAUCAGAAAUAUUGGUAGAACUUUUUUUUAUUUGAGAUUGAGUCCUUUCAUCUGUGAAAUUUAUAACAAUUGAAAACAUUUUGAGAGAACAAUGUUGAUACAGAUUAAUUUUUUUAUAUUCAACUGUCGACAUGAUGAGCAACGUUGUAACGAUUGCCUUCGCCCUUCCGGUUAUAUGUAUAGAAAGAAAUUGCGGUUUGUGAAUGGAAGAUGCAAUAGAGAGAUUGGUUUAAGGAAAUAUUGAAAACUGUUGGUAUUUCCAGUUGAAAAGAUUUAUCAUAACUGCCAAAAAUAUCAGGAUUUUCACAUUCCUAGUGUUUGUAGAGAGUUAUACCUAUAAGAGAAACUAACACAGUAUUUUUGUCACGCCGCAAAUGUGAACCGACAGUUGAUUUUUCUUCCUUUUGUUAAUAUUUGUUCUGUACUUUCAGAUGUGAAGUGCAAUGUUUCAAAAAUAAAACAUCUUGUUUUGUUUC